AUGAAGGCCUCGCACUUCUACAGCUUUGGGACAAGGAGCUUCCUGGAUUUAGACGGAGGUGGGGAAGCGGGGAGAGCGGAUGGGCAAGAGGAGGAGCGGGGGGAGGAGUGUGAGGACGAGCGGGAGGAGGAGGGGGAGGAGGAGUGGGAGGAGGAGCAGAAGGAGGAGUUGGAGGAGGAGUGGGAGGAGGAGCGUGAGGAGGAGCGGGAGGAGGAGUGGGAGGAGGAGCGGGAGGAGGAGUGGGAGGAGGAGCGGGAGGAGGAGUGGGAGGAGUGGGAGGAGGAGCGGGAGGAGGAGCGGGAGGAGGAGUGGGAGGAGGAGCGGGAGGAGGAGCGGGAGGAGGAGUGGGAGGAGUGGGAGGAGGAGCGGGAGGAGGAGCGGGAGGAGGAGUGGGAGGAGGAGUGGGAGGAGGAGUGUGAGGAGGAGUGGGAGGAGUGGGAGGAGGAGUGUGAGGAGGAGUGGGAGGAGGAGUGGGAGGAGGAGUGGGAGGAGGAACGGGAGGAGGAGCGGGAGGAGGAGUGGGAGGAGGAGUGGAAGGAGGAGUGGGAGGAGGAGCGGGAGGAGGAGUGGGAGGAGGAGUGGGAGGACGAGCGGGAGGAGGAGGGGGAGGAGGAGUGGAAGGAGGAGCGGGAGGAGGAGUGGGAGGAGGAGUGGAAGGAGGAGCGGGAGGAGGAGUGGGAGGAGGAGUGGAAGGAGGAGCGGGAGGAGGAGUGGGAGGAGGAGUGGGAGGAGUGGGAGGAGGAGUGUGAGGAGGAGUGGGAGGAGGAGCGGGAGGAGGAGCGGGAGGAGGAGCGGGAGGAGGAGCGGGAGGAGGAGGGGGAGGAGGAGCGGGAGGAGGAGCGGGAGGAGGAGUGGGAGGAGGAGCGGGAGGAGGAGGGGGAGGAGGAGCGGGAGGAGGAGCGGGAGGAGGAGUGGAAGGAGGAGCGGGAGGAGGAGUGGGAGGAGGAGUGGAAGGAGGAGCGGGAGGAGGAGUGGGAGGAGGAGUGGGAGGAGUGGGAGGAGGAGUGUGAGGAGGAGUGGGAGGAGGAGCGGGAGGAGGAGCGGGAGGAGGAGCGGGAGGAGGAGUGGGAGGAGGAGCGGGAGGAGGAGCGGGAGGAGGAGUGGAAGGAGGAGCGGGAGGAGUGUGAGGAGGAGCGGGAGGAGGAGCGGGAGGAGGAGCGGGAGGAGGAGCGGGAGGAGGAGUGGGAGGAGGAGCGGGAGGAGGAGCGGGAGGAGGAGUGGAAGGAGGAGCGGGAGGAGGAGCGGGAGGAGGAGUGGGAGGAGGAGUGGGAGGAGUGGGAGGAGGAGUGGGAGGAGGAGUGGGAGGAGGAGCGGGAGGAGGAGCGGGAGGAGGAGUGGGAGGAGGAGCGGGAGGAGGAGCGGGAGGAGGAGCGGGAGGAGGAGUGGGAGGAGGAGCGGGAGGAGGAGCGGGAGGAGGAGCGGGAGGAGGAGUGGGAGGAGGAGCGGGAGGAGGAGCGGGAGGAGGAGUGGAAGGAGGAGCGGGAGGAGUGGGAGGAGGAGCGGGAGGAGGAGCGGGAGGAGGAGCGGGAGGAGGAGCGGGAGGAGGAGUGGGAGGAGGAGCGGGAGGAGGAGUGGAAGGAGGAGCGGGAGGAGGAGCGGGAGGAGGAGUGGGAGGAGCGGGAGGAGGAGUGGGAGGAGGAGCGGGAGGAGGAGUGGGAGGAGCGGGAGGAGGAGUGGGAGGAGGAGUGGGAGGAGGAGCGGGAGGAGGAGCGGGAGGAGGAGUGGGAGGAGUGGGAGGAGGAGUGGGAGGAGGAGUGGGAGGAGGAGUGUGAGGAGGAGUGGGAGGAGGAGCGGGAGGAGGAGCGGGAGGAGGAGCGGGAGGAGGAGUGGGAGGAGGAGCGGGAGGAGGAGUGGGAGGAGGAGCGGGAGGAGGAGCGGGAGGAGGAGUGGGAGGAGGAGCGGGAGGAGGAGCGGGAGGACGAGCGGGAGGAGGAGUGUGAGGAGGAGUGGGAGGAGGAGUGGAAGGAGGAGCGGGAGGAGGAGCGGGAGGAGGAGUGGGAGGAGUGGGAGGAGGAGUGUGAGGAGGAGUGGGAGAAGCGGGAGGAGUGGGAGGAGGAACGGGAGGAGGAGCGGGAGGAGGAGUGGGAGGAGGAGCGGGAGGAGGAGCGGGAGGAGGAGUGGAAGGAGGAGCGGGAGGAGGAGUGGGAGGAGGAGCGGGAGGAGGAGUGGGAGGAGGAGUGGGAGGAGGAGCGGGAGGAGGAGCGGGAGGAGGAGUGGGAGGAGUGGGAGGAGGAGUGUGAGGAGGAGCGGGAGGAGGAGUGGGAGGAGGAGUGGGAGGAGGAGCGGGAGGAGGAGCGGGAGGAGGAGUGGGAGGAGUGGGAGGAGGAGUGUGAGGAGGAGUGGGAGAAGCGGGAGGAGUGUGAGGAGGAGCAGGAGGAGGAGUGGGAGGAGGAACGGGAGGAGGAGCGGGAGGAGGAGUGGGAGGAGGAGCGGGAGGAGGAGUGGGAGGAGGAACGGGAGGAGGAGGGGGAGGAGGAGCAGAAGGAGGAGUGUGAGGAGGAGUGUGAGGAGGAGCGGGAGGAGGAGCGGAAGGAGUGUGAGGAGGAGCGGGAGGAGCGGAAGGAGUGUGAGGAGGAGCGGGAGGAGGAGGGGGAGGAGGAGCAGAAGGAGGAGUGUGAGGAGGAGUGUGAGGAGGAGCGGGAGGAGGAGCGGAAGGAGUGUGAGGAGGAGCGGGAGGAGCGGAAGGAGUGUGAGGAGGAGCGGGAGGAGGAGCGUGAGGAGGAGUGGGAGGAGGAACGGGAGGAGGAGUGGGAGCGGCGGGAGCAGCAGGAGGCCUCCAGGAGAGACUAG